AUGGCAUCAACAAAACGUCUGGUAUUCGUCACUGGCAAUGCAAACAAAUUGAGGGAGGUCAAGCAGAUCCUUUCAGAAGGAGGACAUCCCAUAGAGAUCGAUUCUCAGAGUCUUGAAAUCCCUGAAAUCCAGGGAACCACUAUCGAAGUCGCAAGUGAUAAGUGCAGAAGAGCUGCCGAGAUGAUCGGUGGACCAUGCAUUACGGAAGAUACUGCACUCUGCUAUGUCGCACUCAAAGGGCUACCGGGGCCCUACAUAAAGCAUUUUAUGGCCGAACUGGGACACGAGGGACUGAACGCGUUGCUAGUUGGAUUUCCCACGAAAGCUGCUGAAGCAGUGUGUACGUUUGCCUACUCAGCAGGUCCAGGAACAGAACCUAUCAUAUUUGAGGGUCGUACAGAGGGCAAUAUCGUACCUGCACGGGGUCCUAAAGUCUUUGGCUGGGACGCGAUCUUCGAGCCUUUGGGAACUGGGCAAACCUACGCUGAGAUGCCUUCAGAUGAGAAAAACAAGAUCUCGCAUCGCUACAAAGCAUUGGACAAACUUCGCACUUAUCUACAGUCUCUUCCUUCAAGUUAG